GCCUAACCUUGUCUCUAGCUUUCAUCCUCAAUAUGUCUGCAAUAUCUGAUCCCCUUCCCCCUCCACACACGCAGAUCAAUGGAGGUAGCGAACAGGAGCCGUUAUUGGGGCAACGCCCGCCGCCGCCUAUUCAUGACAACGAGGCGGUGGGCUGGAGCCUCGCCAUGAACCUGAUUACAGGUUCUGCGUUUCUUGCACAAAUAGGGGGAGUGGUCUUUGUAGUCGCUGUAUGGGCAAGCAACCUCUCCCAGCCCUACAUGCUCUUCACUGCUCAUCCGCUCCUGAACUCUCUAGGAGUUGCUCUUCUUCUGGAAUCAACCUUGUUACUCCAGCCCACACAGACCCCGAAGCAGAAACGCAAGGGUGCCAUCAUGCACUCAAUCUUGAAUAGUACGGCAUUCGUUCUGAUGUACUCCGCAUUUGUCGUUAUGGUUGUGAACAAGUUGCAUCAUGGUGGCAAACAUUUCGAUUCUGCCCAUGCCAUCUUGGGACUCAUCACCUACAUUCUGAUUCUCAUCCAGGCUACGGUUGGUAUGGUCCAGUUCUACUUCCCUAGUCUCAUUGGAGGUGAAGUUAAAGCAAAAACAAUUUAUAAGUACCACCGUAUGUCCGGAUACGCUGUUUUCCUCUUCAUCAUCGCAACAGCUAUCGCGGUGACGUAUACCGAUUAUGUUGUAGAUGUGCUUAAGAUUCGUCCUUGGUUCGUGGUUGUAUGUAGCUUGUUCAUUUUAGCAGGUGUUCUCCCCCGAGUCAACAUCAACAAACUUGUAUGAAAGAUAUUUGCACUCCAUGAUAUCGAUAUACAUAUAGUCUUUUAUAUUUCUACGUCUAUCAACACGAUACGUUAUAUUAU